AUGGCUGCCAAAGAUUGUUUGGGUCUGGCAGACAAACGUCAGUGUGAGGACGAUGGCCGUUCUGAACUCCCUAAUGAACAAAAAGCAGCAGAAUUGCAUAGUGAUAGACCCGGCGUAGAUAGUCGUAGUAGUCAACCAGAAUUUACUGAUUCCAAUCAAUCUUUUUCCACAGAAGCUUCGACAACAACCUACACAUCACCGUCCUCUUCUUUAUUGCCAGAUUCUAACCAGAGCGAAAGAAAUACUUCACGGCCUGCUGAUUAUAGCGGCAAUCAGGCUGAAUGUGAAAAUGACACAAGAAAGAAACACCAGGUAUGGGAAAAUGAUAACGAUAAUACGAACCAGGUGAAAAACAACAAUAACUCUUAUAAACCAACAACCUCGAUGCAAAAUGGCGAUCCUAUGAGGAAAGUAACAAGCGGUACGCCAACUACUCCGUCACACCAACAAAUGACGACAAUGAAUGCCCGUGAAUAUGCACAGGUAGUUCGUGCUUGGCUCUGGCAGUAUCACCAGUGGAAUAGUAUGUGUGCUUUCGGUAUGAUGCUGCCUUAUUAUGCAAUGGCUACGUUUCCUUAUUAUGCUGCCAAUAACUAUCCAAGUUCUGCUGGGAGUCGUCCCUCUGUCAAUGGUGGUGCUGCUUCAUUUACUCCUGGUGCCGCUGUUAACAAUAACAACCAAAUGGGUGCAGGAGGUGCAGCUGCAGCCACAGCGGAUGGUGGUCGUGCAAAUCAGUCUCAGGCACCACAAACACCACAACAAAAUUUUCGAGCAACUGAAUACAUGAUUCCGUCACUAUGGAAACGGAUACUUGCAGAGCUAGUGGAUUUUGUGCUUCUCUUCUACAUCAAAUUGAUGGUAUCAGUGAUGGUGAUGAAACAUAUGGGUUACAUAGACCUGGAAAAAUAUGAUUUGGAGUACAAUUGGUUUGUAACAAUGGAUGAAUUUGACUUGAGCAAAGUGUUUCAUUUCACAUCAGAAGUGAUAUUAUUUGAAUUACUAAACAGAAUAUCCAUCACUAUUGUAGAGACCAUGUGUCUUCGGAGGGGUAUUGGAGUUGUAGGUGGUGCUACACCUGGAAAGCGAUUGCUAGGAAUGAAAGUUGUCUCCUGCACAGAUAUUUUAGAUUUGGGUAAUGGCCGAAUUCAAGUGACCCCUGCAAGAGAUAUUGGACUUUACAGUGCACUUCUGAGGUCAAUUUUGAAGAACUUCACAAUUGCAUUUUUCUUUCCUGCGUGUCUGACAGUAUUUUUCUUUGAUCACAAUCGAGCAGCCUAUGAUGUCUUAGCUGGAAGUAUUGUUGUACAGUCUGUGGAAGAUGCUGGUGAACUUUGA